UACGCCAUUUUGGGUUCGAUGACUCAAGUGUCGAGUUGCGAGGAAAUCCUGCGCCAAGCGCUUUUGUCUGCGUGAACGUCCAAUUGUCAAAAGUAGCAGUUUCUACAGACACGAAAGUUGCCGCUUUGGUCUGAAUGAAUCAUUGCAUGUCACCUUUCGGGCAUUAAUUUAUUUUAAGCUUGCAAUGAAAUUAGAAAUAAAACAAGUCAAAGACUUUUGAACACUAUGAAUGGAUUUGAAUUCUUCUAGGAAAUGGGGAAAUGUGACUCCUCAGCAGACGAUCAGCAGAAGCUAGCAGAAAAACAACCAUUGUUUAUAUUUGGUCACUUUGUUUAAGCGAAUGACACGUUUAAGUAGCUAGCCCUCUUAUUUAAGUGCCAAGCAUUUUCGAGUUAUCGCUAGAUGGUGUAUCCUAAGCGGGAGACAAGAUCAUCCAAGAUGGCAAAGGAAAAGACCUCCGAUGGCGAUAAAUAUUCAAUUCUUCUUCCUACUUACAAUGAAAGAGAAAAUUUGCCCAUCAUAAUUUGGUUAAUUUGCCAUUAUUUGGAUUCUAGUGGUUUCGACUAUGAGAUCAUUGUUAUUGAUGAUGGAAGUCCUGAUGGUACACUGGAUGCCGCCAAGCAGUUACAAAAAAUCUAUGGAGACCAAAAAAUUGUAUUACGGCCUCGUGAGAAGAAACUGGGACUUGGCACAGCUUACAUUCAUGGUAUGAAGCACGCUACCGGCAAUUUUAUUGUGAUCAUGGAUGCUGACUUAUCUCACCAUCCAAAAUUCAUACCAGAGUUUAUCAAACUCCAAAAAGAAGGAAACUAUGAUUUGGUGUCUGGCACCCGAUACAUAGGAGACGGUGGUGUGUAUGGAUGGGAUUUCAAACGGAAGCUAGUAAGUCGAGGGGCUAACUUCUUGACUCAGCUGUUACUGCGUCCCAGAGCAUCAGAUUUAACCGGAAGCUUCAGGCUUUAUAAGAAGGCUGUCUUGGAAAAUCUUGUGGCUAGAUGUGUUUCCAAAGGAUAUGUGUUCCAAAUGGAGAUGAUAAUACGGGCCCGACAGCUGAACUACACAAUUGGAGAGGUACCAAUUUCAUUUGUUGACCGUGUCUAUGGAGAGUCAAAACUUGGUGGAUCGGAAAUUUUUCAAUUUGCCAAAUCUCUUUUAUAUUUGUUUGCAACAACAUGAUUCCUGACUGAUAUUCUUACUGUAUAAUAAACUUUUUUUUCUCAGCCAA